UUAAAUAAAUUUUGAUACCCAGAAGUUGAAGAUAAUGUAUUUCAUCUUUUGAUAGAGCCACUUUUUUCUUUUAUAUGCAACCAAAGAAAUUUUAUACUUGGUAGAACCAGUUCAUUAAUGGAGUCAAGCUCUGUAGAUAAAUUGUCUGCUUUGAUUAAUGAACUCCCUAAACAACCAUGGUACGGUGCUGAUCUUUACAAUUGGAAAGGCUUCUGGUAUAGGCCUCAUCACCUUUCUUCCACCAUGGCUGCAAGUUCAAACUUCCAAGCUAAAGAUGAUGAUGUAAUUUUGACUUCAUCCAUGAAGACAGGCACUACAUGGAUGAAAGCUAUUAUCCCAACAAUAAUGAAUCCCGUUGGUCGUACUGAUGAUGAUAGCCUUGACCCUUUGCUCAAACAUCACCCUAAUGAGCUCAUCCCAUCACUGGAAAUUCAAGUUUACAGUGUAAACCCUCAUCCUGAUCUUUCAAAUAUGGUUUCACCUAGGCUAUUUCGAACCCAUAUGGCUUACCCUUUAUUACCUGAAUCCAUUAAAACCUCCGGUUGUAAGAUUGUGUAUAUUACUCGAGACCCAAAGGAUACUUUUGUGUCAACUUGCCAUUUUAUGAACUCUGUGAUUGCUGCUAGGGGGGUUGAACCAUGGCCGAUGAGUGAAGCUUUUGAGAGUUUUUGUAAAGGGGUGCAUACUUUUGGACCGUUCCAUGAUCAUGUUUUGGGGUAUUGGAAAGAGAGUUUAAAGAGACCGGAAAAGAUAUGUUUUAUGAGAUAUGAAGACAUGAAGAAGGACCCAAAGGGGGAAGUGAAGAAGCUGGCAUGUUUCCUCGGCAGGCCAUUCGAGAAGGACCAAGAGGUGGAGAAAGUGGUGUGGAGGUGCAGCUUGGAAAGGCUAAAAAACUUGGAGAUGAACCAACAUGGAGUCGACCCUUGGUUGGGGAUUGAUUACAAGCAUUAUUUCAGGCGUGGGAUUGUUGGGGAUUGGAAGAACCACUUCACUGAUGAGAUGAAAGAGAAGUUGGAGCAGCUUACAGCCAUGAAAUUUGAGGGUUCUGGUCUGAGUUUGGGGUAUUGAUUAAGAAUGUUACUCAUUUCUGUUUUCUUUUCUGAGUUGCUCUAUUGUUUUAUGUUUUUGUGUAAUGUUUUAAAGUGUCAUUAUGGUUUGUUGGUUAUAAGCCUGAAUAUAAUCCAUAAUUAAGGCUCAAAUAUAAGGGCCAAAGGUAUAAUCCACAAUCUAGUUUGAAAAACAAAAUAAUCCACUUUAAAUAAUAUUAGUGAUGGGAAAUAAAGUACUGAUGAAGAACAUAUAUUUAAGUUUUGUAAUAAAA